AUGUACUCUCCGUUCUCCUUCUACCGUAACCAUCGCCGCUAUGAACUCCUUCCUUCAUAUAGUUCCCCGAUGGCACCACCAGCGGGCACCCAUAAAAUCCCUCGUAUCACCAAGUGCUCUUCCGACGGCGCUUCUCCACGUCAUCACAGCCAUCCCCGUCGCUUCUCCACAGACCGCCCGUGUCUUACGGUCUCGUUGAGUCACGAGACACGGCGAAAGCGGAGCAGGUUGAUAAGAACCCGCAAUGUUCAGAGUGAUAGUAGGAAGAGUACCAGCAACACACUGUCAAGCUCCCUAUCGACUAUCCCCAUCACCGGACACCAUCAGAAAUCGGGAGCCACGCCAAGCAGAGUGCUCGUCAAAGGGCACACAGUGUCUACUUGUACUCCACGAUUCGGGUGA